GCAGUAACAUUGAACCGUAAUCAUUUCAUUGUCGUGACAUGCGUUGUAGUUUUAACUGUUAAAAAAUUACUGGAACAUAGUUGUAGUGAAUCAUCGUUUUGUGCAUGUGCAACUUUGUGUAUUUUUUCAUGCUGUUUAUCGUAUAUUUUUACAGAGGUUUGGACAGUGCAUCAAGCUUGGUUUUGGUGACGGCGUUAAAAACUCUUGCUGCCAAAACCAACAUGACCAUUUGUUGUGUCAUCCAUCAACCAAGAUUUGAAAUUCUAGCAAUGUUUGACAAGGUUCUGUUUCUUGGCCAAGGUGGUAGAACUGUAUAUUCUGGUCCUGUAGAUGAAGCUGAGGCUUACUUUUCCAGAAUUGGGUUUCCUAUGCCUCCUUACGUCAACCCCGCUGAUUUCUAUAUGGAUGUGAUCGCUGGCGAAGUUAAGAACGAACAUGAUGUACAUAUAAAUCUUAUUGAAGAGUGGGACCGACAUGAAGGCUCUGAGGAAGAUAGGAAAUGUAAUGUUGUUUCAAAAGAUAUGUCUCAAGUGGACAUCAUAAAUGACGGGGGCCAAACCCGGAGUUCUAGCUUUUCCACCAAUUCUGCAUGUUCUCAGACACUUACUCAUCCGAAGAACACAAGAUUUGAAUCACUAGAUGUAGAUGGUUUUUUAAAAACUCACCAUAGUGAAUCUGAGGCGAAUAGUCAAGUCGAGGCCUGCUGCCAGGACAACAAAAGCAUGUCCGAAAAGCUGUCAAAGAAACGACCAGGGUUUUUCCGCCAGUUUUGGGUUUUUUUUAGACGUGAGUUAACACUUCAAUUGCGCAUGUGUCGCACUCUACUGCUGGACCAGGCUUUAAUGAUGAUUGCUGGCGCUGCUUUGGGUCUUCUGUUCCGAGAGGUUGAAGUACACAAUGUCCCCGAGAGUACAAACUUUGGGAAUAUCGUUGUUGGUUUAGUCGGUGUUUACGCUGCUCUCAGAUGUUUUGGAGUUCAUAGAAUUGUGUUUUGGAGGGAAAGUGCUUCGGGUAUCAAUCGUGUUAGUUACUACCUAGCUGUAAACAUAGCCUACAUUCCUAUUCUCUUGGUAUCACCAGCUGUGUAUCUUAGCCUUUAUUAUUCCAUCGCAGCUUUCUUGGCACCGUUCUCCUCUCACUAUUUCGUAUUUUUGUGUUCGUGGUUUUGUCUUUCUGGGCUUGGUUAUGUCUUGUCUUUGAUUAUGACUCCGAGAAAUUCACAAAUGGCUGCCAUUGUAACCGUCGUCAUUAUGGCUUUGUUAUCAGGUGGUUCUCCUGAGUUAUGUAAACUGGACGACACAGUUAUUGCAACUAUUUUUUACAAUUUGUCCUUUUCACGUUGGGUUGCCGAGGCUAUAUUUGAAAUAGAAGCAAAGAACAUUCUGCUGUACUAAGCGACAUUAUAAGUCGUGUACAAAGGGACAACCAUUAUGAUUUACACACCUACAACACGGCUAUUGUAGUGCUUGUAUCCAUGGGUUUUGCCUAUAGAAUUAUAGCAUUGUUUCUGCUUUUAUUUACGAAACGAGGACAACAGAAGUGAAGUAUUGGUGGCUUAAUGUAUAAUCUUAAAAUGACUUUGUUAUACAAACUUUUGACAUAACGAGUGAAACAACACUGCUUUUAAUCAUGCCAUAUAACAAUAACAAUUGGCCAGUGAAAUUACUGUCAAUUGCUUAGUUUUGUAUCAUUGAACGAAUUAAGUGUCUGUGGAUACGAUACCUUACUUGUAAACCUUUUGUUUAAAUAUUUAACCAUUACAAA